GAAAAUGCAGAUCAAAACAGAACUGCUCACAACAAUAUUGUGUAAGAUUGUACAAAAAUUUUUCGAUUUUCGGCUGUGGAAAAUAGCGUUUCCUGUGUUAAAAACUACAUAAAAAUGGCUCAAAUAUCUAUAAGUCGUACUUUAAACGGCUUGUUUCACAUGAGAAAUAUUGCUCCCCGGCAUCAAACUAUUCGAUCCUUCAGUACGACAAACCGGCCGUUCAGGAAAGCACAGCCAAUCUCCAAAGAAGAAGAGUCCGAGGUCAAGGAUGAGCCAAUCAAGUAUUUCAACAGUGCUGCGUCACGAUGGAAGGCAGAGCAAACCAGGAGUGGCCAAGUUAAGCUGGAUAUGCCCUGGUUCCAACCGUACGUAGUUAAUCUAAGCGUUGUCGUUUUCCUGCUGUAUUUCUGCGUUUUGCGCGAAGAGAACGAUAUCGAUCGAGGUUUGGAAAGCUCGCUUUACGAUCACAUACCAGGGCUCGAGCAGAAACAGUUGCUGGUGAAUUAUAACUAUAACAAGGAAAAUGGACUAUCCACAGUCGAAAUUGAAAAACGAAUGCAGGAACUGGGUAUGGAGUAUUGAAAAAAUGUGAAAUAAAGUUUUUAGUAAAUA